AUGGACUUUGUAUUUGCAGUCCCAUCCCGUCUGGCAGUUAAAAGCGGCGCCGCCCCGGGCUCGUCCAAGGCCCUGCGCAAGAACCCGACUGGAAAACGGCUUGCUGCCUUCAAACACACAUGUAACACCCUCUACCAAAUAUGGCGGAACUCGCCCUCGCUGUCCCCUGAAUCUCCGUCGAUCCCCUUGAUCAGGAGCUCCCUGAACCGUCUCAAUUCCAUCCUGCGAGACGAAUCCCGCGGCCCGUCGCCUCACCCGUGCCAUGCGGACGCCGCUACAUCGCAGGUCUACCGGACCGUCACCAAGCUGGCGCUGGCAACGCACGAUCCGGGCGUCGUCUCGGCCGCGGCCGUCCUGCUCAACACCUUGAUCGAGUCCGAGGUCGACGGGAUAGUGGACAGUAGCGUCUUCUCCCGCGCCCUCAUCGACCUGGUCUCCCGCGCCAACCCGGUCAGCUGUCUCGACCAGCGUGACCACGAGGACGGCGAGUCGAAGCUGGUCGAGCUCGUCUUUGGGGUGGCCAACGUCAUCCGUCUGCGGCCAGAGAUACUGCCGGCCUGGUUCUCGCCCGAGGAGAAGAAAGACGGCGGAGAGCCGCGGCGGAUAGAUCCGUCGUUGAGGUCGGGCAAGGAGUUUGCGGGUGUCACCAGGAGAGACGACUUUCCGCUCUUCUACCUGCUGGUCGACUACGUGCAUUACGAGGGGAGGACGGGCGACUUUGCCCGGACAGGGCUGCUCUAUAUCAUCGAGACUGCUUCAAAGGUUAAGGAGCUGGAGAGAUGGCUGAUCGAGAGUGACAUGGCUACCCUGAUGGCUAUCGGACUCGGUGCUUCAUACAGCCAGCUGAGCCGCCUUCUGAUAUCGACAGACGGCAACGAGGACGUGCCUGCUAUCAUUGCCCUGUCAGACCAUACGGAUCUCGACAAUACCGUACAUCACUCUCACCAGGGCCAGCUAGACGCCUUUCUCUCCUACCUCUUGUUCUGGCAGGACGCCAUCGACCACUGCAAGUCGCCUGAAGUAAACGACACGCUGCUGGACCACUUCCAGGGGGAGCUUCAGCUUACCUGGAGUAGAUAUCCAUCGCUGCUGGAGUCGUCAGACGUAGCGGGCGGGUCUACGUCUUCGGUGAUCACCUACCUCAGCCGCAUACUCGAGUCGAUCUACCAGCCGGUCCUGGUGCACCGGAUACUGAGCUUCCUGCUCGCCUCGCCGGCCAGCGAGCAGACACAGAUCGCGCUCACUCCCACCAAGAAAGCACGCAUGUCGCUGAGCCGGCGGAAGUCACUCGACAUCCUGGCCUCGUUCGCGGAGGCGGCGGCCAAGCCGUCCCCUACGCUCUUCAACCUGGUCGACCUCAUCCUGAUGGGCAUCAGGUCGCACAACCGGCAGACGGUCGUGGCGACGCUGCGGCUGAUAACGGUCGUCAUCCAGCACCACCACGAGUUUGCCAACCUGCUAAUCAAGUCGGCGAGAGACCAGAGCUCCAGCCCGGCAGAGUUGCGUACGGUAUCUGCCCUGAACUCGGAGGUGCAGCGGCUGUUUGGCUACGCGACCGAGCUGCUGGACGACCCGGGCAUCGAGGCCUCGUACGAGAACUACAUCUGCAGCGCACUCUCCGUGCUGUACCAGCGGAUGCACAGCCAGAGCCCCGUGCUGCCGUGGAUAGUGGACGUCAGGGGGGGCGUCUUCUCGGGGAUGCUGGACCUGCUGCGGCGGUUCUUCACCAACAGCGUGGUGACCAACCUGGCGCUGACCAACUCCUUUUCCGCGCUCGCCUCGUCCGACCUGAUAUCUCUGGACGGCUGGCUGCUCUCCUACCCGGACGAGUCUGCUGCUGGCGGGGAGGAAGACCCAGCCGUCGAGCCGGCGGGAGGUGGCAAGGCGGAGAGCAAGGGCGAGACUGAGCCGGUGCUGUCUCUGAUCGUGAGCCAGCUGGUCCGGCAGGUCGAGAGGUGGCGGACAGAGAUCCCGGACUUUGAUCCCCUGCUCUCUGCCCGCCGGGAGCUGCUGCACCGCGAGGACCGGCCUGACAGCGCCGGCACGCCGCCCGCUACCACCGAGGAGGCGGCAGAGGCAGCAGGGACAGAGGCAGCGACCGAGCCGCCCGUCGAACCGCCUGCUGAGCCGUCACCAGAGGCAGCUCCGUCGCGGCUGUCCGCCAUGGUCAACGUCCAGGCGCCGACAGAGGCCUCCUCCCUGCCGGCCCUCCUGCGGCCCCAUCCCCGUCCUCCUCUCCGGGCGGCAUCCUCGUCCUCUCUGCAGGUCGUCCACGAGACGCCAGGCUCCAGCAGCGCCCCCUCUGAAGCCGGCGAGCCAGACGAGCCCGCAGAGCGAGAGGACGAGGCCUCGCUCAACCACGUCCUGACCAACGUUGUCAUCCUGUACGAGUUCGUCCUCGAGAUCACAGCCCUGGUGCAGGCUCGCGCGAGCGUCCUCCAGGACGUCCGUUUCUAG